UCCUUAGCAACGACCGGAAGUUGUCGUUCUGAGCGCGUGCUGGGGGGUUCGCGGGCGCUGGGAAUUAGCAGCUAGCUAACUAGCUCUCUGUGGGACCGACAGUCCGCCGAAUCGGUGGAGCGACGGACAUGAAGCGAACUCAGGCGGCUGUGAGUGUGGAGGUGAAGCGGGUGAUCGGAGCUCUCUGCAGGCUUUUAGCGGCCCUCGGUCUGGACUCUGUCCCCACACCGGAGGCUUUCAGGCGGGCGAAGUUUGGAGGAAGAACCGAGGAGGACCAGUUUUGGCAGCUUCUUUCUGACAUCCUUCAAACAUCUGGGAUCGUUUCCUGCCAGACUCGAACUCAGCUGGCAGCAGAUCACAGGAAGCUGGUGGCUGCAGGUCUCUGGCAGACCGGUUACCAUGCCGACUGGAUGUACAGGAGGGAUAGAGGGAGUUUCUCCUGCAGAGACCUCCUCCUGGCGCUCGGCUGGCUGCUGGCUGCAGGAACUCUGGAGAAGCUGGUGACGUUUCAAGUGGAGCAGCUGGACGGAUCUCUGCUGUCACCGGUUCCUUUGAAACCUGAGUUUUCUGGUGAUGUUGAGGUGGACGCCGCCUCGCUGAGGAGACUUCAGUGGCUGAUUGGACGUCUGAGACACCAGAGACGGAUUCUGCUGCCAAUGAUAGGAGUUAGAACCCGGCUGCUUCAUGAUGUGCUUUCUGCCAGUGGGUCGUCCUCUGGUCAGAGCUGUGCUGCGCUGCAGGAGGACUGCUCUCGUCUCCAGCAGCUCUGUGACCUUCUGGAAGCCUUUAUUAACUGGAAACGGGUGGAAAACAUCUUCUGGACCUGGACGGACAGUGUGGUGGAUUUGAUGGCUCCUCCUGUACUGAUGUCCUCUCUACCACCCCGUGGGAAUCCAGCAGUUUGUUGCCAUGGCGACGGGAGGCUGGGGAACCUGAUUGAGCUGCUCCAGAACCUGCCCACUCCUCAGGAAGCUGAGAGGAAACAAACAGGAAGUAACAAGGAAGGAUCAGGCCCCUCCCCCAGCCCUGCUCUCCUCUCUCUCCCAUUCGUACCCUCCAUUCCUGAGGUUUGUCGAGUCCGGCGGGAGGUGGAGAAGCCAGCGAGCAGGCCAGGUGGACCUCUGAGCCGACACGAAGCCCCAGGCGAGCUCCGGGUGUCUCGGGCUGUGGAGCUGCUGCUCCACGCUGAGACCCUGCUGCUGCAGAGGAGAGACGGGCGGAGGCGGGCCAACAGGAUGCUGCUGCAGGAGUCCAUCGACUGCCUGGAGGAGCUGGUGUUGAUCCCUCGGUAGAAGAUCUGAAACUAAUCUCUUCACGUUUCUGACUCCGAGGGAAACGGGCCUCAGAGUUCUGUUAUGAACAUGUCCAGGGACAUUUUUAUAGAAGCUGAUUUCAUAUGAACUAAACUCCAGCUGCAACUCGAUCCUGUACAACCAGUGACAACCAGGAAGUAGAACUCAUGUUUAUGUUUCGUCCGCAUUAAACCUGAACGCCACUAGGUGUCUCCCUGGAGCCGUGGAGCAGAGACCCCUCAGGACAUCUGUGGGGUCUUCUGAUCCGAGCCAGGACCAGAAUCUGAGCGUAUAUCAGUCGGUGACUGCUGCUGUCCACGUGUGACAAAAGAAACACUUCAUACCAGAGAUUAAA